AUGGUAUGCCUUGUCCUUGUGGGACUGCAGGACGUGGACCUCCGUGAGAGUGGCGAGCCAAAGAAGGGAGGAAAGAGACUGGCUGAUCUUGGAGAUGGACAGGAGGGUGUCACAAAAGAUGAGAUCGUGCCGAAAGAAAAUUCCUCGUCGAACACAGAUGAGCAAGAGAAGCAAGACGAAAACGUUCCCACACAAGGAAACGAAUCGGGACCCGAGCCUGAGGCUGUAGAAAUCGAAGUGAAGAGUAAACCACCGCAGCAGGAGCAGGCAGAGAAAGAGGUUGCAGCUAAGAUAGAGGCGUCCGAUGCAACAGCAACAGACAAGUCGGCACAGCAACUGCAGCGUGUUGUGCUGUCCAGUCGGCAACGAAAUGCCAGUCAGGCCUGGGAAAGAUAUAACAAAGAAGUUGAAAAGCAUUUUGGUUCUCUAUUCAAGGGUGUGGACAAUGAUAUGAAGUCUGUUGCUAAGAACCUUCAGGACAACCUGCAGAGUGCCAAGGGUGUCGAGCGCAACGUGAAGACCGCCAAGACGUAUCUGACUCACAUCUCUCAAGCACUUGAGAGCAUCGACACUCUCGUCGUGCCGAUUGUCUUGCAGAAGAAUGGCAACUUCUAA